AUGCAAGUGCCCGGUCAACUCGUUGACCCGAAUCAAUUCUACUAUGCUCCAGUACCCGCACAACCUUCUACUGGUCAACCAGGUGUCCCUUACCAAUAUGCCGGAGGAUUCUAUACUGACCCUUACAUGGUAGCACCAGCGCAGGCAUCACAGCAGGUCAUAAUGCCUGUCGGACAACCUGGUUUCAUUUACAUGCCGUCUCCAACAGCUCCGGUAUACUACUCAGUUCCAACCGCAGCUCCUGCCACAGCAACACCAUUUUUCUAUUCACCAGAGGUAUACGUGCAACCUGCGGUUGCGGUUCCUCCGCAAAUGGCUCAGCCACAUACAAUAAUACCAGCCGAAGUGAGUAAGACUAAGUCGGCUGUUCGUCCGUUAAGUACAUCCACACCUCUGCCGACAGAAUUUGGGACGAUUCCACCUUCGGCGCCAGUGCCAAAUCAGAUACCAUAUCCAGGAAAUGGUCUGCCUCUCAAGUGUCAUAGAAAUGCGGAACACGAUGAUGUGCUCGCCAACCUUUCAAAGAUAUCAGUUGUUUCUGAGGAACAUGACACAACAGUUGAAGUCCUUAAUGAGAGAGAGUUUGAGCGUCCCGUCCGUCAACGACGCCCUCCUCCUGUGCCAUCAAACUACAAGACAAGGAUGUGCAUGACAUAUGCAUCCGGAAGACAGUGUGAAAUGGGUGCCCGUUGUAAGUUCGCACAUGGACCAGAAGAACUUCGAGUAACUGAGACACCACAGCGUGCUCCGAAUUCGCGCUACAAGACGAAGUUGUGCAAGAAUUUUGGACCAUAUUCUGCAAACUACUGCCCUUACGGGCUUCGUUGUGAAUUCAUCCAUCCGACUGACAAAGAAUACGCACUAUUAUGUUCUGCUCCGCCUCCUCGCCAAGUCCGUUGCCAAACCGUAGUUGGAAAUGGUACUCAUAAUGUUUGCGACGUAACUCCUGAGACGGUUUGCGAAGCUCCACCGGUUGCAGUGACUCGAAGCGCUGUUAAACCUGCCGCAGAGAAGAUUCUGCUGAAGAACAGAAAUAUUGCUGGGUCUAUGGUUUGCCUUGCAACAGCUGGUCGCCGUGAUCAAACUUCUGACGACAGCGCAAUUGGUUCCGGUUCAUCAGAAUGUGGUGCUUCACUGGCACAAGCGAGAGCACUGGCGAGAGUUCGCGACAGUGUUUCCGUCCCCACAGUCCCAAUUAAGUUCCUUCGAAGACGUUCCAUGUCGCAAUUCACUCUGAAACGCUUCAACUCAAGUGAAAAUCUGGAUAUUGCAGCAUCUUGUUCCCAGCUUGCUGCCAUCGAGCAAAAUCGUGGACCGACAUCGAUGUUUUCUCCGCUAAAGUAG